AUGCCGAUCCUACUCUCCAACGAGGACUACACGGUCGGCUGGAUAUGCGCCCUCCCGGUCGAGCUCGCUGCCGCACAAACCGUCCUCGACGAAAGACACGAGCCUCUGCCCGCAAGAGCAGGAGAUGCCAACGUAUACGCAUACGGGCGUAUACAUGACCACAAUGUCGUUGUUGCAUGUCUCCCGGCUGGAUUGAUCGGGACCAACUCAGCUGCCUCGGUGGCCAUGCACAUGCAUCGAUCCUUCGGCUGCUUGCGAUUUGCCCUAAUGGUCGGCAUCGGCGGAGGUGUCCCAAGCAAAGCGCAUGACAUUCGACUUGGGGAUGUCGUUGUAGGGCAGCCUGUGAAUGGAUACGGUGGUGUCAUACAAUACGACUUUGGAAAAUCCAGACCGAACGGGUUUGAACGCACUGGCUUCCUCAAUGCUCCGCCGGCUAUUCUACUGAGUGCUGUUUCGAUGAUACGUGCGAAGCACAGCUCCGCACCUGGAGCACCGUCUUCUCAUAUGCUAGAGAAAGGGAAUAUAGCGACGUCUGCACGGCCGUCCGUCGAUACCGACAUCCUAUACGAAGUCGCGAUGGACGACGCGGAACCACGGAUCAUACAGAGGCCGCCACGUUCAAAUCUGGACGUUGAGGUUCACUAUGGCACGAUAGCUUCCGGCAACCAAGUCAUGCGACAUGCAGCAGAACGAGACCAAGUCAGUAGAGAAUUUGGCGGGGUGCUCUGCUUUGAAAUGGAGGCCGCCGGGCUGAUGAACAAUUUCCCAAGCCUUGUUAUUCGUGGGAUUUGUGACUACGCCGAUGUUCACAAGACCAAAAACUGGCAAGAGUUUGCCGCUGCGACAGCUGCUGGAUAUGCCAAACAGCUUCUUUGCGAGGUGCCGAGGGCAGAAGUUGUCAAGAUCGGGGCCGUCAAUGACAGGAGUGGCAUGAAAAAUCGAAUCGUGUCCCUCCCGUUUCAAAGGAACUACAAGUUUGUGGGCCGCGACGAGAUACUCCAAGAGCUUCAGAAGCGACUCUUCCUGGACGAAGACUGUAACGACUUGGCAAUCUAUGGACUUGGGGGCAUAGGAAAGACCCAGAUCGCGCUCGCCUUUGCCAAUUUGAUUGCAAAGACCCAACCUGACAUGUCCAUUUUCUGGAUUGUCGCAUUGAGCCACGCCACAGUUGAGAAGUCAUUCCUUGACAUUGCCGGACAACUUAGGCUAACAGCCUCGUCCCACAGCAAGGAAGACAUCAAGAUCGUUGUGAAACACCAUCUAGAAGAUCGAGACUUCGGACGCUGGCUCCUGAUAGUCGACAACGUCGACGACGAGAGUCUCGUAGACUUGCUUCUUGAAUGUGUUCCAGGUAGCGACACCGGGUUCAAGCUUUACACAUCGAGAAGUACUCGUGUGGUCCAGGACUUGGUCGGUGGCGACGCCAUCGAAAUCGAGCGACUGGGAAAAGUUGAAGCCCUACGUCUUAUGAGCCAAUCUCUUCUCCAUUGCAAUGCUAUCAACGACCAAACCGAAAUGCAGUCGCUCUGCGAAGAGCUGGAAUGCUUGCCCCUUGCCAUGACGCAAGCCGCAGCGUACAUGAACAAGAACAAAAUCUCGCCAGGAAAGUAUCGAGAGUUACUGAAAGGCGCCGAUCAGGACUUGAUCGACCUAAUGAGCAUCGAGAACAGAGAUCGCACGAGAUAUCAACAAGUCGGACAUGCCGUAGCGACAACUUGGGUCGUAUCCUUCAAUCAAAUCAUGGAGCAAGAUACCACUGCUGCCGAUCUACUGAAGUUCAUCUCUUGUGUGGAGUGGCGGGACAUUCCGCUACCCAUGCUGCCAAAGGCGGGCUCCAAUUCUCAGAUGACCUCUGCAAUAGGGGCAUUGUGUGCAUACUCGUUUCUUACAUCCUCUAAUCAUCAAGAAACAUACAACAUGCACCGUCUGGUCCACCUUGCCACACGGAUCUGGGUUCAAACGUACGAUGAGGCGAGUGUGAUCCACACUGCAGUGAUGGCGCAUAUGGGGGCCGUUUUUCCUCCCGCCCUUUGGCAGAAUCGUGCCGAUUGGCGUGCAUUUCACCCACACGCGGCACGCCUACUUCGCGACUACAAUGGCAGAGAGGACAAGGGAGUAGCCCGAUUAUGUCAUUCGGUGGGAAAAUCUCUUCUCGCGGACUGGAGAACCGAAGAAGCUAUACAUUGGCUCGAGACAUCCCAGGAAGUACUGAUUGGACUCAGCGACGGCGAUGAAUACUUACUUGAGGUGCAUCAUGACUUGGCAGAGGCCUGGUGCGACAUUCAUCAGGAGCUGAAGGCGGUCCAAUUGCUCGAGAAUGUUGUUGCAAAACGCCGAAGUGUGCUUGCAGAGCAUCACAUCGAUCUAGUACGAUCUGAAAUCUUACUUGCAGAUGUUUAUAGAUCGGUCGGACGCUGGGAGGAAGGAUUGGCCAUGUUGGAGCGAGCAGCCGCACACGUCACGAAAAUCGAGUCGCAAAAGCUAGUAGAAGACGACCUGUCUCGACUCACCUCGAUGCAUUGGCUAGGACGGGCUUACAUGCAGGUGGGCGACUCACCUUCGGUAUUUAAAGCACUGUUAGUCCUACAGCAGGUCGUGUCAAUCCGGACACGAGCGCUAGCAGAGUCCGAUCCUUACCGACUUGCCUCAGAGCAGGAACUUGCACGGGCAUAUCUCCAGACUGGCUGGCGGGAAGCCACGGCGCUGGCCAUUGAGUUGUUAGAACAUGUUGUGGAAGUCGAUUCAAAAAAUUUGAAAGAUGAUGACACCUCAAGGGCGUUUUCGCGGAGUUUACUCAACGAAGCAUAUGCAGCGAGAGAACGCCUACAGCAGAAGGACGGCAAGAGAAACCAUGAAAGUCGGAGAGUAUCCCCACACGCCUUGAACCAACAAGUUCUCAAGGAUCCUGCUGCACCAACAAAUGCUCCUCAGCAACCGCCUCUUCGUCCCCGAACUCUUCCAGAUGCUUCACAUCCUGUGCCUCCAAAGGCAUGCCUGCCGGCUUGA